AUGAAGUUUCUCGGUCUCGCUGUUGCCUUGCUCCCCCUCCUGGCUGCCGCUGUCCCCAUCGCAGACCCCGAAGCAGAAGCAGAGGGAGAGCUGGACCUUGAAAAGCGCGCAUCGGCGCAGACUUGCAAAAUCGUUAAUGUCGACCACUAUGUCAACUGCCGAUACGAUGCGUCGUUAGAUGCAGGUGAAAUUUUUGGGUUUCCCAAGGGAGAAAAACUCACCUUUGCGUGCUGGAAGCAUGGCGAUUGCGUCAAUGGGGUUUGGUAG